AUGCCCCCGACCCCAGAGUCCCAGCUUGGUGAUGGCUCGGCGAGCAAUGAGCCCACGCCGCCUGCGGGCUCCUCGGUUAACUAUACGCCCCCAAAUCCAGACGCCUCUAUGAUCAAGGUUACAAGAGGGCAUAGCUGUGUGUUAUGCCAGCAGCGCAAGGUACGUUGCGAUAAGAACAAACCCUGCUCCAAUUGCUUAAAGGCAAAUGUCGAAUGCCGUGUUGUGCCACCUCAACCACCUAGGCGCCGCAAGAAGCGCGUUCCCGAGCGAGAUUUGGUUGAGCGUCUGCGGAAAUAUGAAGCGCUCUUAGCCCAGAACGGCAUCGAAUUUGAUUCGCUGGGUCCGGACGUCAAGAUUGUGGACCCCGGCUCCGUUGAAGACGGUGACGAGCUAGAGUCCGAGUUUAUAAGGCAGAGGAGUAAGGAGUCUCCAGCCGGUGUGGACCCUGACUUGAUCUCAUCACCCGGCGAGACCGCCCAUGUUCCCAGAGACUCAUCCGAUGAAGAAGAUGUUGGAUCAUCCAUCAAUCAAGCAUAUGACAAGAUGUUUGAGAGCCCUGAUGGCUUCCCUUUUGUAGUCGGCGGCCAGUUCGAAAGUGUCACCGCUCAACAUCCAUCCGCCAUCCAAAUAUUCCAGUUAUGGCAAAUCUACCUAAAUAAUGUUAACCCUCUUCUUAAGCUUACACAUACACCAACAUUGCAAGUGCGGAUUAUCGAAGCCGGAGCAAGCCUCGACAAGGUGUCUAGGUCCCUCGAAGCACUGAUGUUUUCAAUCUACCUAAUGGCUAUCACGAGUAUAGAUGAUGAAGAAUGCCAAGCCACGUUUAACGAAUCGAGAAUCAACUUGCUGGCCAAGUAUUAUUAUGCUACACAGCAAGCCCUUCUAAAUGCAGGCUUUAUGCGCAACCCGGAUCUUACCUUGCUGCAAGCUUACCUUUUAUAUCUUCUGGGUAUCCGACAGUAUUCGGACCCCCGGUCAUUAUUUUGCUUAACGGGAAUUGGCGUACGCCUUGCUCAGAGGAUGGGUUUACAUCGUGACGGUGCUCAAUUUAAUUUAUCACCAUUCGAAGUGGAAGAGAGGAGACGACUAUGGUGGAACCUUGCCGGAUUUGAUCGACGAAUAGGAGAACUAUGUGGUUCCAUCAUCACUGCCAUAUCCAAUGGGGGUAACUGCAAAUUACCGCUCAACAUCGACGACGCCAACUUACACUUACACGCGAAAGACCCUCCUCCACCGUAUACCGGCGCGACUGAGAUGAUGUUCUCUCUCUCGCGCCUAGAGUUUGCCAAGGCACCAGGAAACGAUAAGAUGAGAGGCCAAUCUUCAGAAACGAAUCCCCAAGCGGUUGCAAGCGUUGCUGACCACCGGUUGUCGAGCUAUCUCGAACGAUUUUCUUCUCAUAUGGAGGAUACCUAUCUGAAAUACUGCGAUCCUAAAGUCCCACUUCAUUAUAUGACUCUUCUUAUGACGCGAGCGAAUAUCUGUAAGCUAAAGAUAGUAUCCGGCUUCUUCCGCGUUGCACUUACGGCACCUACUCCCUUGCCGACAACCGAGAGGGAAGAACUCUUCAUCGAGGCAAUUAAGAUGAUCGAGUAUGAUAGCAUGAUGCAAGCAAGAGAAAGUUUACGGGGCUUCCUCUGGUAUACUAAUAUGCAUUUCCCAUUCCCGGCUUAUAUAUGCUUGCUUACCGAACUUCGCCAUCGUACGACCGGUGACUUAUGCGAGCGUGCGUGGGAAACCAUCUGCGAGCACGCUGACCGAAGGAAGAUGACAUCUCACAUGCGUAGUCCUAUGCAUCUAUCCUUUAGCCCUCUCUUUGUAAAAGCCUGGGACGCGCGCGAGGCCGCAGAAGCCGCCCUCGGGCGUACCCUAGCACCGCCUCGCCUUAUCACCCACAUGAGACAAAUCGCGGCUCGACUACCAAAGGCGAUUAAAAAGAAGUCGCCGGUACCCACGCCUUCACCUAAGAUCCCUGUCAUAAGCGGUGCUUACGUUGCAACGGCGCCAACGCCACCAGAACAACCAAACGUACCAGGUGCUGCUAUACCCAUAUACCCGGAAACCGAUAUAUUCGGUGGUGGCAUGCCGCAGAUGGACAUGAACCGGCAAUUCGCGACUGCGUUCCCGGACGUAAACUUUGGCGGCGAGAUGGACUGGAACUACUUGAUGCAGGAAUACGGUGGAUUCAUCGCCCACGCACCCCAGAUGACGGCCUACGCUAAUCAGACGCCAAUGCAAGAUCCUAAUCACCCCCCAACUUCUGCAUGGCAGUGA